AUGGCUGGGGUGAGGGCUCCGCUCGGCGCGGUGGCGGUGGCCGCUCUCGUCGUCGCCAUCUUCAUGCCGGCCGCCGCUGCGGCGCAGGCACCGGCGCCCGCGCCCACCAGCGACGGCACAUCAAUCGACCUGGGGAUUGCGUACAUCCUUAUGCUGGUGGCCCUGGUGCUCACCUACCUGAUCCACCCGCUGGACGCGUCCUCUCCCUACAAGCUCUUCUAA